CGCUGGUAGGAGAGAUUUAAUGGCGGAAAUGGGAGUUCUGUAGGCGGGCAAGAGCUAAAUAAUUUCUUGGAACGAGACGACCGGAGGAAGUUGAGGAUGGGUAUUUUGUUCGGAAAGCACAAGAAAGCAAGCAGGGUCACCGAACAAGACAAGGCUGUACUGCAACUGAAACAGCAACGAGACAAAAUUAAGCAGUACCAGAAGAAAAUCUUGACCAACUUAGAAAGCGAAAGGAUUUUGGCUAAGAAGCUUCUACACGAUGGACGCAAAGAGAAAGCCAAGUUAUUGCUCAGAAAAAAGAGGUUCAUGGAGCAAAUGCUGGACAAGACAGACAAGCAGCUGACAAAUUUGGAACAGAUGACCCACGAUUUGGAGUAUGCGCAAAUAGAGCUUCAGAUAGUCGAAGGUCUCAAAGUUGGUAACGAGGCCCUGAAGAAAAUCCAUGAUGUGCUGUCAGUCGAAGAAAUCGAAAAGAUCAUGGAUGAAACUCACGACAGUGUUGAAAAGCAGAAGGAAAUCGAUGAACUUUUGAGCGGUCAGUUGACUGCGGAGGACGACGACGCUGUCCUGGCCGAACUGGACGCACUGGUGGCAGAGGAGGAAGCUGCAGCAGUUGCUAACCUUCCCAGUGUCCCAGCCGAAAAGGGUGAGCCACAAGAAGUUGCGCCGACAAUGUUGAAAGAGGAAGAGGCAAGCGAACCACCACCACUGCCACCAAAGAAGGCGAAGAAGGCAACGCUUCCUAAGGAGGAGCCACUCCUGGCAUCUUAGCACCUUAGCAGUUCUGUACAGCUAUCGUUCCUGGCAUCCGUGGAAGGUGUUUUGUGUGGUCAGGUCACUGUACAUAUGUGUUCACUAAAUGUCCAUUUUACACGACUUUUCUAUCGCAAAGCAAUAACGUUUGCUGUGUCAAAUAGCCUGUAAAUAUAUUGUUGUCACACUUUCAAUAAAAAUGUGCAGCUCUGUAGGAAUUAAAGUUGACGUGCAAUCGG